GAUUGCCUUUUUCACUUAGCAUUGAUUAAAAUUUAGAGAGGCAACAGCUUUAGCCUGAGUGAACCACUUAAUCUGGAUUUAUUAUUGCAGCUUCAUUCCUGGCACCAAAACUCACUUGUAAGCGCUAGGACUCAGCUACCUUCGAGAAUUUUCUUGCUGGAAGAAGGGAACUGCAUUACGGCCAAUUUCCUUUACGCACACUGAUAAAUCUUAUAGGAAUUGGGCCUCCCCGUUCAGGGAAGUCAUUUCAGAGGAUGAACGGAGCCGGCCGCACGCGGUUCAGGCGGGGAGCCAUCCGCAGGAAAUCCAGCCCCGCCGCUGUGCUGCUCGCCGCCGCCACCGCCGCCUCCAAUGGAGCAGUGCUCACCUGCCCCGCGGGGCCCCCAGCCCCGACCACACUUGCAGGCAGCAGCAUCUGUCCAAAGCUGUCUAGAUCUUAUACAGCAGGUGCCACAACCAGACUCUUUGAGGCGAAUGUACGCAAUGAAGCAACUCAGGGAAUAAAUGGAAGUGUGCCAGUCAAACAGCCCCCACGUUCAGCUUCAAAUCCAAAGCCACAAGUGCCUCCAAAGCCAGUUCAUCUACAGAAGGUAUCACCUGUUACAAACCAAACCCCUAGGAAUAAAGCUUUAUCAAAUCAGAAACCAAGAAUGGAGGAAGAGACACCCACCCCUGUUUCUAGUGCCACCAAGGAGAAGUCCAGUAAAGUGUCAGAUCUCAUCAAUCGCUUUGAGGGAGGCAGCCCGUUAAAUCCUAGUGAUUUGAAGAAAGAUCCCUCUGUUCUCCAUAUUUCUAAAUCUCAAGGAAGAUAUGGAUCAACACCACCACCUCAGCCAAAACUCCCCUCCCAGCUCUCACUACAAAAACAGGGAAACAGUAAUAACGACAACACUCAGGUUGCACAGCUACACACAGCCAAUGGAGUAGUAACUCAAGACCAGGCAGAAGAUGAGGACAGGAGAUUGCCAGACCGUGACUCUGCUGUGUCCACUCCAGUUCCAGAUAAUGCAAUCAACAGCAGCUUGAUAAAUGGAGAAAGAGAAAGUACUUCUGGAGAGUCAUUGCAAAGCCUAGCUGCCUGUGAAGGACAAAUGCUUAACAGCAGCUACAGGACUCCAAGCAGUGAUACACUGCUUCCAUCUGAAAAUGAAACUCAAGAAACAAUAGAAAUUGAUACUACCACGAGAGAAGAACCAACUGAGGAAGUCAGUAAGCAAGAGCAACCUGUAGAAGCAAAGGAGACAGAUGAACAGAAACGACACAAAAUUGCCAAUGAACUUCUGCAAACAGAAAAAGCCUACGUUAGCCGCCUUGACCUGCUAGAUGGGGUGUUCUAUUCCAGACUCCUUGAGGAAGCAAACAGAGGUUCAUUUCCAGCUGAAGUGAUUAACAAAAUCUUCUCUAAUAUUUCCUCAAUAAAUGCUUUCCACAGUAAAUUCUUACUUCCAGAACUCGAGAAAAGAAUGCAAGAAUGGGCUGCCACCCCCAGAAUUGGAGACAUUCUGCAGAAGUUAGCUCCUUUCCUCAAGAUGUAUGGAGAGUAUGUGAAGAACUUUGAUAAUGCAAUGGAGUUGGUGAAAACGUGGACUGAAAGGUCACCUCAGUUCAAAUUCAUUAUUCAAGACAUCCAGAAGGAAAAAGUGUGUGGAAAUUUGACAUUGCAACAUCACAUGCUAGAGCCAGUACAGCGCAUUCCACGCUACGAGAUGCUUCUGAAGGACUACCUAAGGAAGCUGCCUCAGGAUUCUCUAGACUGGAAAGAUGCUGAAAAAUCCCUGGAAAUUAUAUCCACUGCAGCAAGUCACUCUAAUAGUGCAAUAAGAAAAAUGGAGAAUCUAAAGAAAUUGUUAGAGAUAUAUGAGAUGCUGGGGGAAGAGGAAGACAUAGUGAACCCUUCAAAUGAGCUGAUAAAAGAAGGACAGAUCCUGAAACUCGCUGCUCGCAAUACCUCUGCUCAAGAACGCUAUCUUUUUCUGUUUAACAACAUGUUGCUCUACUGCGUCCCCAAAUUCAGCCUGGUAGGAUCAAAGUUCUCAGUUCGGACCAGGGUUGGCAUAGAUGGUAUGAAGAUCAUAGAAACUCACAAUGAAGAGUAUCCACACACCUUUCAAGUGUCUGGGAAAGAGAGAACACUGGAAUUGCAGGCCAGUUCUGAACAAGACAAGGAAGAAUGGAUAAAGGCACUUCAGAAUACCAUAGAAGCUUUUCAUCAGAGGAAUGAAACAUUCAGGAAUGCUAUUGCUAAAGAAUACGAGGACACACCUGUUGAGGUUUCUAAUGCUGAGCUUGGGAAGAGAGCACCAAGGUGGAUACGAGACAAUGAAGUAACUAUGUGCAUGAAAUGCAAGGAGCCCUUUAAUGCGCUGACAAGAAGGCGGCAUCACUGCCGAGCAUGUGGACAUGUGGUUUGCUGGAAAUGUUCUGAUUACAAGGCACAUCUGGAAUAUGAUGGCAAUAAAUUGAACAAAGUCUGUAAGGAUUGCUAUCAUGUUAUAAUUGGUUGUACAGACAGUGAAGAAAAGAAAAGGAAGGGCAUCUUGGAGAUUGAAUCUGCAGAAGUCUCUGGGAACAGUGUCAUAUGUAGCUUUCUUCAGUACAUGGAAAAAUCAAAGCCCUGGCAGAAAGCAUGGUGUGUCAUACCUAAGCAGGAAGCUCUUGUGUUGUACAUGUAUGGUGCUCCACAGGAUGUUAAAGCUCUAGCUACAAUUCCACUAUUGGGCUAUACAGUAGAUGACACUCCGAGAAGUGCUGACCUCCCACACAGCUUCAAACUGACCCAGUCUAAGUCUGUGCACAGCUUUGCUGCAGACAAUGAGGAAUUGAAACAGAAAUGGCUAAAAGUUAUCCAUUUAGCUGUCAAAGGUGAGACAUCAGAAUGUCAGAAUGAACUGCAAGGGAAUUUAGAAGAGCAACCUGAAUCUACUAAAACAUCUGAAUGCUGAAGCUCGAGAGCACCUGAUACUUUUAAAACACUUCAUUUGGAUUUGUGGUUAACCUUUGUGUUAACCUUUCUUUGCUCAAUCAAGAAAAACAAACAAAACACCCAAAACAAACCUUCUUACUACCAUACACUUCUUAGCACUUUAUGUUUGGGAAAAAUUCUGGUCUCUUAGGGAUUUUUUUUUUCUUAUAUUUAUGUUCUGUCAAUAAAAGUGAUGUACAGGUCCAUUUCAGAGACUUCUGGAAGAAUGUGAAUGCUGUUAAAAAUACUUACUAAUGUUACUGUAUGACUUGCUUAUCGUGAUGCAGUUCCUCUUUGGUUUUAAUCCAGUUGCUCUUCAGUUAAUGUUUGUUACUUCUAUUAAGAAUGCCAAUAUUGAAGCUUCCUACUUAACACGUUAAGACUUUGCAACAGGAUAUAAAAGAUAUACCUCCACAUUGCCAAAAUAUAUCUGUAGUGAAAUAUGCAGGGACAGUUUGGUUUACUGUAUGUAGUUUAUAGAUGGAAUUCCACAGAUCUGUACAUAGGUGGUGUUCCUUUGUCUCUUUUUAAUGAAUGCAAAUGGCUUUCACAGUUACAUUGGCUUUUAAAGUUUCAAUUUAUCAAUGAAACAAUCUAAUGAUUUUUUUUUUUCAGUCUAGAAAGGAAUACCUAAAAUACAAGAAACCAAUAUAUAUGUACAGUGUUAAAAGUGUACAAUACUUGAUCUUUUGCUUUGAUUCCAUGAUGCUGAGUUCCUCUUAGUGAGCAACUUAUUUUAAAAGCAUGUUUUCUGUUUCAAAUUAAACAUGGUCCUAAAUUAACAAAUACUGCUCAGUGGUUUGUUUUAAUAGCUGACAUUUAAUGCUCUUGAUAUUUUUUAUGCAGUAAAAAAGAAAUUAGCAGUAAGGUAAAUGGCAUGCAAUGGGCAAGUUGUGUUUGAAAGAGUAGUCAUUUUUUUUUUUUUCAGUGUCCUAUCACUUUUAUCUUGAAGGAGUGAAGUAGUUAAUGACUAAAAUGCAGUAGGUGGUUUGGAAAAGCACCAGAUUCUAGCAAUCUUCUGGCAAUGUGUAAUGUUGCUGUUACGGCUAUCAGAACAAAAGAACGUUUUGAAUUUGAAUCUUUUAAUUUUUGAGGAGAUUAGAUGCUGUGACACUUCUUUAUGACAAUAGUUUUUCAAGCACUGUUGUUGCAAAGCAGAGCCUGCUUUAUACGAAGCUAACGUGAGGUCUGAGCCGGCAAAUUUCAAGUCGCGCUGACUGAUGUCACUUGCGUUAAGCUUAUCAGCAUAAGGACUCGUUUGCUCUACAGUAUUAAAUCACUUAUGAACCUCUGUUUUUAUACAUAGAGGUAAAUGACCUCCCUAACGUUUUUUUUUCAGUAAUAUUCUUGUAUAUGACAAAUUCAGAGAUAGUGAUUGACUGUCAAGUAGACAAUUAAAAUCAUUGCUAGCUUUCUUUUUCUGACCCCUUAAAGGAAGGAAAAUAUGUACCUUCUACAAUCAAAUGGUCAUAAGAACAUCCAGGAGUCUUACUUCUCAGUGUAACUGCAAUCUGUAUUUUAAAUCAUGUCAGACCCAAAUAAGUCCCUUCCUAGAUUUCUUAUAGGUCCCCUUCAGAAACUGGAAGGCCACUGUAAGUUCUCCCUGGUCCUUCCUUUUCUCCAGGCUAAACAGCCCCAACUGUCUCAGCCUGUCCCCAUAGGGUGUUAGCAACACAAGGGCAGAUUAAAAUUGUUGGGUUUUUAUAACAAGAUUUCAAGUCCAGUUUUGUUAGCAACACAAGGGCAGAUUAAAACUGUUGGGUUUUUAUAACAAGAUUUGCAAAGUAUUCGCUGAACUCCCAUUCUCUUCCUGCAACACUAUAGGGAAAAACCCCACCUCAUUUAGCAUUUAACAGAGUAUUGUUAAAGUAACCUCUGCUUUUAGUGUCAAGCAUACAUGAGUAUGCACUUUCUGUCCUUUGGUAAGAAGUACAUCACACGACUUAGUGGCUGAAUUGUGCUCUCUGCCUGCACAAAUCCAAAAUCUACCAUAGCCUUUGCACUCCAAAGCUUUAAAGUAGUGUUAGUAAUUAUCAGGACCUACCUUUGUAGAUUACUAACUCUACAAAUCACUUGGUGCAUGUUAUUUCUGAAUUACUCCUUGAGUGCUCAAUUGCUUUUAUCUCAUGUGCAAACUCUUCUGUAAUUCUCUAAGAGAUUUGAAGUUACUUCUACUGUCAGCUGUAUUUAUCUUUAUUUAUGGGCAGCUCAAGCCCAUUUCAGUUCAUGUUGGUGAGUGCUAUCAAAAUUUUGUCUGGGUCUCCCUAGCUCAUAUGUGUUGUCUUGUGUGUAUCUUGGUGAGGGAUAGGGGAACAUUCAGGUAAGCAAGAACCCCUCUCCGUGGCUAACUUUCUUUCAUCAUCACCUCCUGAAAGAAGGUAUAUUUAAAAAGAGUCUCAAUUGUGGCAUCUGGAGAGUGAUCUUAGCACAUCCUAAUGUAUACAAACAUUGUUUCCCACAUUCUAGUUGUUGAUUGUAAGGGGCAAAUCUGCCUUAGAGGAGUCCCCAGAUAAGAUGGCUGAGAUAUUCUGGUAAUAAUAAUAUGAUAUGAUUGUAAUCAUGUAGUGUAUUCUGUUGCCUGAGCUCCUGCAAACUUAAUUCUGAGCCAAGUAAGAGACAUAUUCCACUUAAAUCAUGAGGGAAAUGUUUAGAAGCAGCAACUCCCAGACUGCUUUAUUGUUACAGUGGUAUUGAGUAUCUGAAGAUACUUGAAUGAUUUCAGCAUCUCCUAGACAAAGCCCUGCAUUUGGGCACAAACAAUUUGAAAUGAGGUUAGCAUUGGGAGCUACUUAUUGAGAUGUUAGCCUCAUAGUUGCUCUCAGUCGUUUCAGUUUCUAUAGUGCAGAAUAUUUUGCAUACUCUAAUGAAACCUAUAUCAUGCUCUCAUUAUCAAUCUCUUGGUCAGAAUUGUUCGGAGUCAGAAUGUCUUGGUGUGGUUCUGUGAGUAUUGUGUAGGAAAAUCAUGUCCCAGCAAUAUUAAAAGAGGUCAGAAGAUGGAGACUUUGCUUCUGGAUUUAGCCACCCAUGCUGUUUUACUUCAUUAUCCACAGAUGAGCUCUCCUACAGCAGCCCAUGCUAUGAACUCUAAAUUACAACCACAGAGGAACAAAUUCAAAGUAGCAGCUGCUGAGGCUUAACUAUCAUGAUCAAAACAGUCAUGACUUCAGCUGUUAAAUACUGAAGACAAAAAAAAAGAGGCAUUCAUUUUAGUACCAUACAGCUGUGUGUGUAAGGAUAAAGUGAGCAUUCAUUCAUAAUACAUGAAUGCAUGUGAAUAGCUUUGCCAUUCUUGUGUCCAAGAAAUGCCCAUUUCUCACUUUAAAAGUGAUCAAUCUUCUGUGCAAUUUAAAGCAGAUCAAAAGUUACUUUGUGGAGUUUUAUCUGUGUUCAUCCAGAACAAUGACUCAUUUUAUUCUUAAUGUGUUUGGAACAUAUUCAUGUAUUUUCAUAAUGACUUAACAUUGUUCCUCUAUCAUGAAAAAAGUAAGUGUGAUAGCUGCAUGUCUGCACCAUCCUUCCAGAUCCAGUAAAAAAUGUUUUCUGCUAUCAGGUACUCUUGCUUGAUUGAAGAGCUACUGUAAAAUCUGUAGCAUUUGGUACUUUCAAGCCUCUUUACACUGACUAGCUUUGCUUAUUCUAAAAUCUAUUUAAUUCUUAUGUGCAAAGUAGAUAUUAAGAAAGAGAAAAUUAUCUUCUGUUUAGAGUAAAACAUGAAACCACUUAAAGUGCAUCUGAUACAGAGUGGCACCUUUUUAUGCAAAACCAUCUCAAAGUGCUUUAGGAGUAUCCUCAAAGAUUUUAAGCUCCUUUUAUAGAAAAGAGGCUUUUUAUUCUUCACAUGUUUAAAUUGUGGAUGAAGCCAAGGUACUGAUGAAAUGUAGGAUAGAUACACUACUACCUGAGUGCAUUUUAGAUGGCUACAGAAGGAUGCUCUAAGAAGUUAUGAAUGGAGUCAGGAGGAGGGGAAAUAAUUAAUAAAUCUAUGUAUACAAAAAUAAGUUGGGAAGAUGUGGAAAGACUUGACAGAUUCUUUGGGUUUUGUUGGUUUGGAGUAUUCAAAACCUAGAUAUAUAUCACACAGCCAGUAUAAAAACUGGUCAAUGUUUCCUUUCUAAACAAGAUCACCUAAAAUGAACAGGGCUUUAGUAGUUCCUUAUAUUGCAGGAAAAGCUUUCAGGAAAGAAGUAAACAUUCCCUGUAGAUUGUAGUUCUAAGCAAUAAAAAGGGAGCUUCAUCCAUAAGUCUGUUUGGAGUUGUUUAGCUGGUGUAAUCUAUCAUAGGCUUGUUGCAGCUGUUCUGAUUUCAGAGACUUAAAUUCAUGUACAAUCUGCCUUAGAUUAUACAAAAAAUGUUGUGGAAAACCAAGAUUUCAACAGUUUGAGAGCUGCUGACUUACUAUGUCUCAUCUGGAAUCACAGUGCUGAGCUGAACUUCAGAUGAGUUUCUGUUGGAGGCAAUUGACAUAGGAGAAAAUUGACUACCCCUAAGACAAUUCCAUUGGUGACAUGGGCAUCAUUCUUAGGCUGUGGUGUGCUCUUCUUUCUAAUCUGAAAUUAAAUACAGGGUAGGUGUGUUGGUUAUAUGGUUAUUUCCUCCAGUCUGUGGCUGUGUUGGAAUAACAUGGUAGGUUUAUUGGUUAUGUGGUUAUUUCCUCCAGUCUGUAUGGUUAUUUCCUCCAGUCUGUGGCUGUGUUGGAAUAACAUGGUAGGUUUAUUGGUUAUGUGGUUAUUUCCUCCAGUCUGUAUGGUUAUUUCCUCCAGUCUGUGGCUGUGUUGGAAUAACAUGGUAGGUUUAUUGGUUAUGUGGUUAUUUCCUCCAGUCUGUAUGGUUAUUUCCUCCAGUCUGUGGCUGUGUUGGAAUAAUAUGGUAGGUGUAUUGGUUAUAUGGUUAUUCCCUCCAGUCUGUAUGGUUAUUUCCUCCAGUCUGUGGCUGUGUUGAAAUAACAUGGUAGGUGUAUUGGUUAUAUGGUUAUUUCCUCCAGUCUGUGGCUGUGCUGAAAUAACAUGGUAGGUGUAUUGGUUAUAUGGUUAUUUCCUCCAGUCUGUAUGGUUAUUUCCAACAGUCUGUGGCUGUGUUGAAAUAACAUGGUAGGUGUAUUGGUUAUAUGGUUAUUCCCUCCAGUCUGUAUGGUUAUUUCCUCCAGUCUGUGGCUGUGUUGGUGUAAGGAAUUUGCCUGGCUGGUUCUGACCUGUAGUGAACUGUGUUCCUGGGAUAGGAGUUUUAAUCUGCUAGUCAGUUUGUUCCUUAUAUCCUUUUCCUUCUACAGAACAUAACAUUAACUUAAGGAUUGUAUAUGGGUGUAUAUAUACACAUAUGCAUGUGUGUGUAUAUGUGUAUAUAUAUGUGUAUUUCUAUCUUUGAGACUAUUAUUCAGAUGACCUGUUUUCAAACAGUAUUUUACAACAAAAUACACUGUGCUGCAUUCAGAAAACAGUCCACAGUGACUGUGUUGAAUAUGCUCUUCAGAAGUAAAAAAAAACCCAACAGCAGUAGAUCUGCUUUUGUGGCAUGUUUACUAUUUCAGCCUACUUUAAAAAACCAAAUAACCAAACAGAGCAAACAAAAAACUCCAAACAAACAAAACAUCAAACCAGUAAAAACCAACACACACACACAAAGUUCAGGAAGGCAUUUCUUCUACUUCCUUUUAAAUCUUGUGAUUACUUUUCUUCCUAGACUUAAGUAUGGCAUUUUGCUCUUUCACCCCUUCUUCUUAACAGGAAAGCAGAAUGUGGUUUUCCUUCUACUUAAUUUUUCAAGCAGACUUCUUUGAAUGAAACAUGGUUUUAGCCACUGCAUAACAGCAACCUACUUCAGUUUUAUAGUUCAUCCUUGUAGGUUCAUUAAUUACUGAUGGUGAUAACAUUUGGAAAAGAGGGAACUGUGUCAAAGCUUUUUUUGCAUGCAUCUGCCUUGGUGUUUUUAAGAAAGAAGAAUAUGUGUUGCAUACAGGGAACAGUUUGCAAUACAGUUAUCAGGUUAUUCAAUUAGCAUAUUUUCUAUCCUGCAGCCCUCAAGGCAGGUUAGUGCACUAAUUUUGGUGGGAGCUGGAUCAGCUGUAACAUUUGACAUCAGAAUCAUAAGGCAUACAUCAAAUUCCUUUUAUUAUGGCAACAUUUCUGGGUUUAAUUGUGAAAAACACUUCUUAAAAUUACAACACUGGGAAGAGGUGUAAAUCUGCUCUGGUUUUGCAAUAAAGUGAAGAAUACUAAAAAGGUGAAGUACAAAUGCUGUUUUAAGUUGUGCAAAUGUAAGUGGUCAUUUUUAUGGUUAAGAAAUGUAUGAAUGUAAAAAAAAAAAAUCAGAUAUUGUACAUAUUUCCUGUAAUAUAUGUAUAUUUGGUCAUAAGGUGGGUGGAGAGUUGUAAAAAUUAAGCACUUUAAUUCCUGUUGAGUACUUAAAAAGAAAUUUGUAUCCUGUAAAAUAAAAGCAUCAUUAAAUAAGUAAAAUAA